GUUAUGGGGCGGAUGGAGUCCGGCCAUUCCUUUCUGUGCCGUAGUUCGAUGGAUCCGGAGGAGUCCCGGAUGGAUGGCUUCCUCCCUUCUUCUCCUAUCUGGAUUCUGGAAUCUGCAUUUUGUAUAGUGUCUGCUUGCUACUUAAUUCUCGACGGAACUAAAGAGCCGCUAGAGCUUCGGCCGGUUAAGUCGCCUUUUAGUGAUCGUGGUAGUCUCGGGUCGGGACUCGUUUUCAUGAUGCCGGUGAAGAUCAUGGGUGGUGCGCACUGCCUGCGUAGAGUAAGUCGCUGGCGGGAUUGAUUCUUGGGGUGUCGAUCAGGAUUGUCCAGUGAGGGGGCGG